AUAAACGCGCCUUUCACGCCCGGCAUCCCCACCAGUCCCGUGGCUCCCGUGAUCUUCUUGCCCUGCUUGCAGGAGGCAGGGCAUGCUGAAAUAAAGAGAAACUUGUUCUGUGGCAGGAAAAGUUAUUUCUUCUGGCCAGGCAUUCCCAUCCUGGGAAGGAGACAGGAAGAAUAUUACAUUAAAGGUGGGACUCCUCUCCUCGCCGCCCCUGCCGCGAUGCCGCCGCCGUGUGCCCGCGGGGCCCUGCCCGGAGUCUCCUUCCUCUUCCUCCUCCUCCUCCUCCUCCCGCUGCUGUGCGCGGCCCCCGAUGUUUCAAGGGGAAAUAAGCUUAAACUGAUGCUUCAGAAACGAGAAACCUCUGCUGCUGCGAAGCCUGAGGUGUCAGUGAAAGAAACAGCAGCCAAGGAAUUCCUGAGCAGCCUGAGACGCCAGAGGCGCCAGCUGUGGGACAGGAGCCAGCCCGACGUGCAGCAGUGGUACCAGCAGUUCCUGUACCUGGGCUUCGACGAGCAGAAAUUCGAAGAUGACAUCUCCUACUGGACAAACUUGGGGCGUGCUCGUAAUGAAUACUACGGUGGGUACUACCAGCACCACUACGACGAAGAUUCUCCCAUUGGCCCACGAAACCCACACAGCUUCAGGCACGGAGCAGGCGUCAACUACGACGAUUACUAAUGCCAUUUAUCCUGCUCUAGCCUGUAGGGCUGCACUGGGCGAGGCUGAGCCCUCCCUCAGCCCGAAUGACCCCGCUUCUCCCUCUAUUCAUGUCAAACAGCAAGAGUAAAGGAACUGCCUGACUUGGGUGAAAGCAAGACUUGUUUUAACUAUCAUUACUUAGUAGUACACUAUAUAUAAAAAGUGUUAUAGAAAUAAAGCUUUUUUGAUAACCAGGUUGCCAUUA